UCGGCAAAAGGGGAUACGGGUAUAAAGGGAGCUAUAGAAGAAUUGGUCAAGGGCAUUUUAGAACCCUUUCAAACCCAGGGACAAACCCCGGGUUUUAAACUGAGGGGACCCGCAACAACGGGGGCGGCCCCACCUCAAUUUAAAACAGGUUGUUAA